CCGUUGCAAUCGGAGUGAUGUGUUGCGUGUCAUGAGGGCUCGCUGAACUUGGAAUUUAGAAACGGAAUUACUCGUGCAGUGGUAUCAUCGUCUGAAUCCGUGGCGGCUCGGAGACAUUUUGGAAAAAGAAAAAAAAAAGUCGGAAAAAUGACCGGUGGUGCGACAACGUAUCGCAUGUUUCUACCAGUUCUCUGUGUGAUCCUUACGAUGGAAGGAUCGGUGACCGGUGCUGAUGCCGAUGUUGCAGAACAAGCAGAUCGCCCGAACCAACUGUACUUAGGAUGCCACAAGCGACUCUUUACCUAUCGGGUGUCACAAACGGAUAGUAAGGGUCGGGAAUGCUGGGACCAUGUUAGUGUUCUGUCCUGCUGGGGCCGAUGUGAUUCGAACGAAAUCUCCGACUGGCGCUUCCCGUACAAGCGUUCGCAUCAUCCGGUUUGUGUGCAUGCGGGACGUACGAAGGCGGUGGCGAUGCUGAGACACUGCCAUCCGGAUGCGGAUCUAGUCGCGCGUCAGUACGAAUAUAUGGAACCGAAAUCCUGCAACUGUCAGACUUGCUCCAGUACGGAUACAAGCUGUGAAGGACCGAAACAGCUCAAUACGGAGGCGGUUACGAAAAUCUUUCAAAUUGAGGACGAAGACACCGAACCGGAGUACCAUUAAUGGGACUGUCGUCAUCUAAUCAUCUCGGCCUGACCUGAUCAUCAUUCCCCAAUGGUAGCCAUUCAACAGGAGGGGCGAGCUUGUGUUAUGUUAGGUGUUCUUCCCCGCGCCAAUUCUAUUUACAGCAACCCAAAGAGAAAAGCAAGCGAUGGAUUUUUAAUGCAAGAAAUAAACCAGAGCAUACUGCGAUAAACCCCA